GUUGGGGUAUAAUUUUUGCGAACAACAAAGUCAGCAAAGCCCUUAAAAAUUAUUCAAAAGUUGGCAACUUGAAGCCUUUGGUCUUUUCUUGAUUAUGGAGAGAGAUAAUCUCAGUGACACUGGAACACAGAGAACCCAAUUCAAUGAAAUUGGGGAAGAGAAGCCGAAAAUAGUGGUAAUUAUGGGUCCCACAGGUUCGGGGAAGUCGAAGCUGGCCGUUGACUUGGGCUCCCACUUCCCCAUCGAGGUCGUAAACGCUGAUUCCAUGCAGGUCUACCAUGGCCUGGAUGUUCUCACCAACAAAGUUCCCCUCCCUGAACAAAAGGGAGUGCCUCAUCAUCUCUUAGGGACAGUGAGUCCAAAUGUCGAAUUCACUGCUAAAGAGUUUAGGGACUCUGCUAUUCCUAUCAUCAAUGACAUCUUGUCUCGCAAUUGCUUGCCAGUCAUAGUUGGGGGUACAAAUUAUUAUAUACAGGCCCUUGUAAGUCCAUUUCUUCUAGAUGACACAGCAGAAAAUACCGAUGAAGAUUACUCAAGUAACCCUUCGGGAGAUGGAGAUCCAUGCCAUGGGAUGGAGUUUGAAGAUGGCAAGACAAGUCAUAGCUAUGAGCAUCUUAAAGACAUUGAUCCAGUAGCAGCAAACAGAGUCCACCCGAACAAUCAUAGAAAAAUCAGACAGUACCUUAGUUUGUACACUCAUACUGGUGUACUCCCUAGCAAACUUCUUCAGGGAAAGGCUGCAGAGAACUGGGGUCAAGUUGAUAAUUUCAGAUAUGAUUGCUGUUUUGUAAGCAUGGAUGCUUCUCUCCCAGUGCUGGAUAGAUAUGUAGAGGAAAGAGUGGAUUGCAUGGUAGGUUCUGGAUUGCUUAACGAAGUCUAUGACAUUUUCAAUCCAAAUGCGGAUUACACUCGAGGCUUGCGGCAGGCUAUUGGCGUUCGGGAAUUUGAGAGUUUUUUGACAACUAUUGAUGCCCCAAGUGGGACCACAGAUGGUUCUGCCUCCUUGAAGACAGUAAACUCGGGUGAUAAGAUCUUGAAAGAGCAUACGAGGGAAAUGUUGAACUCCUCUGAUGACAACCAGCAUAAAAUUCUGCUAAGCGAAGCCAUUGAAAAUGUAAAACUAAACACUCGAAGACUAGUCCGUCGUCAGAAACGGAGGCUACUUCGGUUGCAUACAUUAUUUGGAUGGGACAUACAUUUUGUUGAUGCAACAGAAUCCAUACAAAGCAAAUCAGAUGAUAUAUGGUCCAAACAGGUGGUUGAACCAGCAGUGAAAAUUAUAAGAUCUUUCCUUAGUCAUGAUGCUAAUUCAGUUUCCGAUGAUGUUCCGAGUGACACUGGAACGAAAAUCCUCGCAAGGGAUUUAUGGACUCAGUAUGUAUGCGAGGCUUGUGGAAAUAGAGUACUUAGAGGAGCACAUGAAUGGGAACAACAUAUACAGGGUCGAGGACAUCGAAAACGAAUGUCUCAUUUACGAAAAUCUAGAGGAUUCUCAAGAACAGAUCAGCAAGGACAGCAGCAAACAUUGUCCAGCCUAGGUUAGACAUUUGUUUUCAACAUCAUACAACCCUUUAAAUUUUGUGGAGGGUAGAGGAAUGAAAGAUAAAAAGUUCUUGGUAUGAAUUUUGGCAUGCAACAUGGAUGACUCUUAACAAUGCAUAUGAAACCCAUGAAAGUUGAAUAGAAACCUAUUAAUAUUUCAACUAUUAUUUUAAUU